AUGUCCACUCCUCCCAGCAAGACCAACAACAAGAUAUGCCCGUGCCUCUGGUUCGACAACAACGCUGAAGAGGCUGUAACAUUCUACGUCAACCUUUUCAACAGCUCACCACGCGCAAGUUCUAUGCCGUCCUCCUCAAUCCAGCAGACAACACAUAUGCCCAACGAGACCAGUUCCGAGUCCGGUCCAGUGAUCAGUAUCUUUUUUAAUCUAGGUGAUCAGAAAUACAUGGCCCUCAACGGCGGACCUACCUUCAAAUUCACACCUGCUGUCUCAUUGAUGGUCAUGUGUACGGACCAGGAAGAGAUUGAUCAUUUCUGGGAUGGGAUCGCAGGCGGUGUUGCGGAUCGAGAAAUGAAUUGCGGAUGGGUUACCGAUCAGUAUGGGUUGAGCUGGCAGAUUGUGCCGCAGUAUAUUAGGGAUCUUGUGGAACAGGAAACGGAUAGGAACAAGUACAAUAAACUUAGUGCUUGGAUGAUGAAGACGAUGCCUAAGAAGCUUGUCAUUGAGGAUAUGGUUACAGCCGUUGAAGUCUAA